CGGCAUUGUAAUGGUCAUUGCGUGUGUGUCACUCGACGGGUUGAUGAUUGGUUGGGCACGUGGAAAUGUAGCUUCGUGCUUCGUUUCCCUGCAGAGACCUGUAUUUUUAUGUAGAGCUGCAGAUGUCGUCCAAGUCGGAAAACAUGGCGGACGGGGUGUUCGUGCCGCCGCCGCCGCGUCUGGUGGAGGGCGCCCACUGCUCCUCCAUGCAGCAGUACAACGACAUGUACAAGCAGUCCAUCGACGAUCCCGAGGCCUUCUGGGGAGCAAUCGCUGACCAGUUUUACUGGAAGGAGCGACACACGGGCAAGUUCUGUGACUACAACUUCGACGCCUCCAAGGGGAAGGUCUUCAUCGAGUGGAUGCGCGGCGCCAAGACCAACAUCUGCUACAACGCCCUGGAUCGGCACGUGCAGGGCGGCCACGCCGACCGCGUCGCCUUCUUCUGGGAGGGGAACGAGCCGGCCGACGAGGACCGGCUGACGUACGGCCAGCUGCUGGAGCGCGUGCAGCGCUGCGCCAGCGGCCUGCGCGCGCUGGGCGUGGCGCGCGGACACUGCGUGGCCGUCUACCUACCGAUGAUCCCCGAGCUGGUGGUGACGCUGCUCGCCUGCGCGCGCAUCGGCGCCGUCCACUCGGUGGUGUUUGGCGGCUUCUCGGCAGACGCGCUCGCUGACCGCGUCCUGGACGCCAAGUGUGACGUCAUGGUGACGUCAGACGGCUUCUGGCGCGGCAACAAGCUGGUCCAUUUAAAGGAGAUCGCCGACCACGCGGCCGAGCUGUGCGCGGCGCGCGACCACCGGCUGCGGCGCGUGGUGGUGGUGCGACACCUGCCGCGGCUGCACCAGCACCAGCACCCAGCCAACGGCGCUGGAGGCGGCGACGCCCAGCCGGCCAAGCGCGCUCAGUUCGACGUUCAGGCCAGCUGGGACGCCGCCCGUGACCUCUGGUGGGAGGACAUGAUGAGCGAGGCGGCGCUAGAGUGCGAGCCGGAGUGGAUGGACGCCGAGGACCCUCUCUUCAUGCUCUACACCAGCGGCUCCACGGGCAAGCCGAAGGGCGUGCUGCACACCACUGCCGGCUACAUGCUGUACGCGGCCACCACCUUCAAGUACACGUUCGACUACCACCUGGAGGACGUGUACUGGUGCACGGCCGACAUCGGCUGGAUCACCGGACACUCCUACGUCGCUUACGGGCCCAUGCUGAACUGCGCCACGUCAGUGAUGUUCGAAGGCUCGCCAUUCUACCCCAGCGGCGAGCGGCCCUGGCAGAUUAUCGACAAGUACAAGGUAUCCAAGUUCUACACGGCGCCCACGGCCAUCCGGGCGCUCAUGCGACUGGGCGACGAUAUCGUCACAAAGCACAGCCGCCAGAGUCUGAAGGUGCUCGGCUCGGUCGGCGAACCGAUCAACCCAGAGGCGUGGCUGUGGUACCACCGCGUGGUGGGCGGCGGCCGCUGCGCCGUCGUCGACACCUUCUGGCAGACGGAGACGGGCGGCCACGUGCUGACGCCGCUGCCGGCCGCCACGCCCACCAAGCCCGGCUCGGCGUGUCGGCCGUUCUUCGGCGUGCAGCCGGCGCUGCUGGACGAGAACGGCGCCGAGAUCGCCGGCGAGGGCGAGGGCUACCUGGUGUUCCGCCGGCCUUGGCCUGGCAUCAUGCGCACCGUCUACGGCAACCACCAGCGCUUCGAGACCACCUACUUCAAGAAGUUCAACGGCUUCUACUGCACGGGUGACGGGGCGCGUCGCGACGCCGACGGCUACCUCUGGGUGACGGGCCGGAUAGACGACAUGUUGAACGUGUCCGGGCACCUCCUCUCCACGGCUCAGAUCGAGUCGGCACUGAUAGAGCAUCCCAGCGUGUCGGAAGCGGCGGUGGUGGCGGUGCCGCACAGUAUUAAGGGUGAAGCCGUCUACUGCUUCAUCACCAACAAGCAGGGCGAGCCAUGGACAGACGAGCUGCGGAAGGAGCUGAUCCUCAAAGUGCGCGAGCGGAUUGGCGCGUUCGCCGCGCCCGACUACCUGCAGUGCGCGCCCGGCCUGCCCAAGACACGCUCCGGCAAGAUCAUGCGCCGCGUGCUGCGCAAGAUCGCGCAGGACGACCGCGACCUGGGAGACGUGAGCACCAUGGCCGACGAGUCGGUCAUCGCGCUCCUCUUCCAGCACCGCACCGCGCAGCUGCUGUAGGCGUCGCCGUACGCCUGUGAGCCCGCUCGGCAGCGGCGGCGGCGGCAGAGGCCGACGCUCGGCCGAGCGGUAGGGGGCUGGGUGGGCCGGGCGGCCCGCGCGGCGGCGGUGGUGACUGGGCCAAGCGUCGAGCUGUGGGUGGUGGCGCUCGGCGCCGGUAGUCGGCGGUGGUAGGUGUCCCGUCCACUAGUUGGACAUAACCCCGGUGGCGGCGCGAUCAAAGACGGGCCGGCGGCGCUGGGAACUGUGAGCCGGCCGCAGGAGUUGGCAGUGACCAGCCGUGCGUCCGCAGGCCCGUCGCAACGGUAACGUACAAACCGCGAACAAAUUCGUCUCGUGUUGAACUCUUAUUUAAAGACGAUCGUGGUCGGGCUCAAGUAGCGAUGGCUUCUGCGCGGGUUCGUGAUAUUUUUAUGCCUCAUUUUUAGGUAAGCACUGCCGUGUGAGCAGGCGCGAGGCUGGCAAUUCGGUCCGUCUUAGGCAGGCGUAGGGCGGCAGUCACGCGUCGGAGACGCACCAGGCGGGCCUGUCCGACCUGGCCGCGCGCUCCGGCGAGCCAGCCGGCCGCACAUGGACUGUGACCAGGCUUAGUGACGGGCGGAAGAGCUGCUGGCGACUGUCGCUGCCCAGGGCAGGAGGGCAUCGCAGCGACCGGACCGGCCAUGUGCAGAGUCCGCUGUUCGUCUGAAUCUCAACUGUCGAGUUCGGCGGCACGGCGGCGGCAGUGGCCUGCCGUAGUCGGCACUGCCGUAAGCAUGCCUCGCCCGCGCCGCGGUAGCGACGGCGCGCCUCCGCUUCGCUCUACCUCCCUGCCUGCUCGUCCGUUUUACCUCGGUCGAUAGUGUUUGACCUGCCGACACUGCUUGCGAGACGUGGCGGGCGCGUGACGUCGGCCGGGGCGCGGUCGGGUGAUUGGACCGAACGACCGCGGCGUCGGCCAUGUCCUGCGUGGUCGGGUGAUUGGACCGAACGACCGCGGCGUCGGCCAUGUCCUGCGCGUCCCGGCUCGAAUACGAAUGGCUGCGUUGUGA